UCAAUUCUGGUUGGCGACCCACCACCUUUAUUUCCAACGAUAUUUAAAAUAAAAAAAACUCCCCACAUCUUUCCCUUAAUUAACUUAACAAAAUCACCAAAUUCCGAACUGUGGAAACCUCUCUGUCGAAUUUUGCACUCGUCGCAAUCAAUUCCUAGAAUCAACAAAUUCCUGUUUCGAUUUGAUCUCAAUUGCAAUUUCUAUUUUGAAAACCCUAAUUAAUCGAAGGAUUUUUGCGAGAUGUUUAAUGGUAUGAUGGAUCCUGAGUUGCUUCGGCUUGCUCAAGAGCAGAUGAGUCGCAUGUCUCCUGCUGAGAUGGCUAAGAUCCAACAGCAGAUGAUGUCUAAUCCGGAGUUGCUUAAGAUGGCGUCGGAAGGCAUGAAGAAUAUGAGGCCUGAGGAUCUAAAGAUGGCUGCAGAGCAAAUGAAGAACGUCCGUCCUGAAGAAAUGGCUCAGAUGGGGGAGAAGAUGGCUAAUGCAUCCCCGGAAGAAAUUGCAUCAAUGCGUGCUCGUGCUGAUGCUCAAUUAGCCUAUGAGUUAAAUGCAGCUGAAUUACUCAAGAAACAGGGAAAUGAGCUUCACAAUCAGGGGAAGUAUCAUGAUGCUGCACAGAAAUACUUGCGUGCAAAGAACAAUCUACAAGGGGCUCCUGUUGCCAGAAGUAGAGCACUUCAGGUGGCAUGCUCUCUUAAUCUGAUGUCAUGUUACUUAAAAUCUAGACAAUUUCAUGAUUGCGUCAAAGAAGGCUCUGAGGUCUUGGCCUACGAUGAAAAGAAUGUCAAGGCGUUGUACCGUAGGGGUCAAGCAUACAAAGAAUUAGGUCAAUUAGAGAAUGCUGUUUCUGAUCUGGCAAAGGCACUUGAAGUUACCCCUGACGAUGACACAAUUGCUGAAGUUUUAAGGGAGGCUAAAGAAAGUCUAGGAAAAGGAGGUGUCACGCGAACUUCAACAGGAUUGGUAAUUGAAGAAAUAACUGAAGAAGUUGAGGCUGUGUCAGCUACAAGUGGCAAGAGAGAAUCUAAAGAUUUUUCAGUGACACAUCCUGUGGAAAGCCAUGGUCAUUCUAAAGAACCAGAAACUGUUAGUAAAAGACCAACUACAGAAUCAGAAUGUUUGCAGGCAUUGAAAGAUGAUCCUGACUCAAUCAGAUCAUUCCAGAAUUUCAUGUCCCGGGCUGAUCCUGAAACUCUAUCCAGAAUGAGUUCUGGAAAACCUGGUGAGGUUCCCGCUGACAUGCUGAAGACAGCAUCAAAUAUGAUCGGUAGAAUGUCGCCUGAGGAACUCCAAAAUAUGGUGAAAAUGGCCUCCUCAUUUCAGGGUGAAAAUUCACCCUUUAGUGGUUCCCCUUUUGAUGCUAACUUUGGACCUGGCUCUGUUCCUCCAAAUCUGUCACCUGAAAUGCUGAGAACAGCUGGUGAUAUGAUGGGUAAAAUGUCACCUGAGGAACUUCAAAGGAUGUUUGAGAUGGCUUCUUCCUUAAAGCAGGACUCAUUUCCCAGCUCUUCGGGUUCGUCAAGUGGUAAAUUGAGUUCAGAGUCUGGUUCAAAAUUCACUACAACUCGGGACAUACCUGUUGAUGAAAAUGAUGUUGUUGGUGAGAGGAGCAACUCUUCUGGUUUAUAUUCCAGUCCAGGAAGUUCAUCCCAAUCAAGUUUUCCUACAUCAAUGGGUGAUAUGCAAGAACAGAUGAGAAAUCAAAUGAAGGAUCCUGCCAUGAGAACAAUGUUCUCCUCCAUGUUGAAAAAUAUGAGCCCAGAUAUGAUGGCCAGCAUGAGUGAGCAAUUUGGCCUUAAACUUUCUAAAGAAGACGCUGCAAAAGCUCAAGAAGCCAUGUCAAAUUUGUCACCUGAAGAUUUAGAUAAAAUGAUGCGAUGGGCUGAUAAACUUCAAAGAGGAGUAGAAGGUGCAAAGAAGACGAAGAACUGGCUACUGGGAAGACCGGGAAUGAUUUUAGCAAUAUGCAUGCUCAUUCUGGCUAUCGUCCUUCGCUUGUUCGGCUUCAUUGGUAGGUGAAUUUUCAGAAAAUUGAUCCAAAUCUCCAGAUAUAAUCGCUUGUAAUUGCCAAUAUCAGCAAAUCCAGCACCGAAAUUUUGGUGUUCGAGGGAGGGGUAUAUAAAGUUUAUAGAAAAGGUGUUGGUUAACUUAUGUAUGUUAGCAAAUGUAAGGAUUUUUUUAUUUUUUUUUGUGUUGCACCCCUUGACAGUUUUCUUUGUAGAAGAACUGGGGUCUUAAAUUUUGAUGGGUCUCAGAAAUGUGCCUCUAAUCUAUUCAGCCCUUGUAUUACUGUAGUAGUGUAGUCCAUGGUGUUCUGUUUCACAAGGUUCA